AUGGAGAGUUUAAAGGCAUUUCAGCUAGUAGAGUUCCUUGCUUUGCAGAAACAAAAAGUUCAACUUCAAAAAGACAUGGAGGUUGAAGAACAAAGUAAGAAGCACAAAAGUAAUGAAAUGGAAGUACCAGAAAACCUGUGUGAUGAUGCCACUGAUGACGAUGACAAAGAUGGAUCAAUUCAGCAAGGAAAGAUUGGAAAAACUGAUAAUCAGCAAUUUGCUGGGAAGGAGAAUAAAGAAUGGGAUAGUGGUGUUCCGGCCUUGCACUUGAAGGGAGUAAAGACAAAUGAAAAUAAAAGCUGGACCUCAGAAGAAUCUGUGAUGACAUCAGUGUUUGAGGAGACCAGCUUAUUAACUGGUGGCCUACUGCAAGUGGAUGAUGACAGGAGUUUAAGUGUAAUACAUCAAGAUGAGGGAAGGUCUGCAGAGGAAACACCUGAGGAAAAGAACACGGUCAAAACGCAAAUACUUGCCAGGGAUGACCUUGAUGUCUUAACUCAGUCAUCUGAAAUAGUCUCAGAGGAUUGUGAGUUGCCUUCCUGGAAUUGCAAGAACUUUAUGUCGCUCAUUGAACAACUUGGAAUGGAUUGUAAAGAUUCUGUUAGCCUAUUGAAAAUCCAGGAUGCAGUUCUUUCAUAUGAAAGAUUAAUAGAACUUAAAAAAAAUCACUGUGAACAACUUACAGUAAAAAUUAAAAAAAUGGAAAAUAAGGUUAGUGUACUACAAAAGGAGCUAUCUGAAACAAAAGAGAUAAAAUCACAAUUAGAGUACCAAAAAGUUUCUUGGGAGCAAGAAGUCUGCAGUUUGAGAUUUACCUUAAAACAAGAAGAAGAGAAGAAAAGAAAUGCCUAUAUGCUGUAUGAAAAAAUCAGGGAACAGUUAAGAAGAAAAGAAGAGGAAUAUAGCAAAGAAGUUGAAGUGAAACAACAACUUGAACUGACUCUGAGGACACUAAAUAUGGAAUUGAGGACAGUAAGAAAUAAUUUGGAUCAGGUUAUACAAGAGCGAAAUGAUACCCAGAAACAACUUUCUCAAGAACAGAAUGCUAAAAUAAUGCAAGAUGAGAUUCUGAACAAUCACCUUUGCAAACAAAAGAACCUAGAAAUGGCUCUAAAGAAAAUGAAUUCUGAGAUUUCUCAUAGUCAUGAAAAAGAUCUGUUACAUAAAAAUCGCAUGUUGGAGAAUGAAAUUGCCGGGCUGAGACUGGAAAUAGACACAAUAAAAAAACAUAUACAGGAAAUAGAAAAGAAAUAUUUCAAGGACAUUAAAAUGGUGAAAGAAAAGAAUGAUGACCUUCAAAACACCAUGAAACUGAAUGAGGAAGCGUUAAUAAAAACAGUAUCCCAGUAUAGUGGACAACUGCAUGUUCUGACAACUCAGAACAUGAUGCUGAAUUCUAAACUGAAGAAUGAAAAACAAAACAAGGAAAGACUGGAAACAGAAGUUGAAUCGUACCGUUCUAGACUGGCUGCUGUGUUACGUGAUCGUGAUGAAAGUCAGAUAUUAAAAAGACACUUAGAACUUAGUUUCCAGAGAGCACGAGACGAAUGGUUUGAGUUACAGGAUGAGAUUAAUCGUGACAUAUCUAACCUAAAAGAUAAAAAUGUGAAUCUUUCUCAGCAACUUCCUAAAGCUAAAUGUAAAUUCGAUAGCCUAGAAAUUGAGCUCAGUCACACGAGAGAUACUGUCCGACAAAAAACUUCGGUUUUAGAGCUUGUACAAGGAGACCUUAGCCAAACGCAGUGUCAAAUGGAGGAAAUCGAACAUAUGUAUCAAAAUGAACAAGGUAAAGUUAAACACGUGGGAAAGGAAUCUGUAAAUGAGGGAUUGUCUCAACUACACAGUGAAAAUACGUUGCUUCGACAGCAACUGGAAGAUGCUCACAACAAAGCUGAUGAUAACAAAAAGAAAUUAAUUAAUAUCCAAGACCAAUGUCACUCUGUUGUAAAAAAUCGUCAAGCUGAAGGUGAAAGGCAAAAGCUUGUGCUACAAGAGAGAAAUGAGUUAAUCCAUGAGUGUGAUCAGUUGAAAGAAAGACUGCACCAAUAUGAAAAAGAGGAAGCAGAAAGAGAAGUAGUUCUGAGACAACGUCAGCAAGAGCGGGGCGUUACCCUAAAAAAUCUACCUGGGUCAGAUGCUUCACUAGAGGUUGCAUCACAUAGUCACACUCAUGUAGAAGAUGAGACAGAGGAUUCAAAGAAGAAAUUAGAUCAAAGCAGAGGCCAAAUUGAUAAUCUUACAGCAGAACUGCAAACUGCAUCUUUAAAAUGUCAACAUCUGAAGGCAAAGAAUCAAAUUCUUCAACAGGAGUUAUUGUUUGUGAAAACAAUACAGAAGAAAUGUGAAAAACUACAGAAGAAGAAGAAUAACUUGGAACAGGAAGUAGUAAACCUCAGAAGUCAUAUGGGAAUGAAUAUGGUAGAACGUGGUCAAGUAGAACAGUAUAAACGGGAAAUUGAAGAAAGAGCAAGACAGGAUAUAGGAGAAAAAUUAAAAGAAGUCAAUCUGUUUUUACAGGCACAAGCAGCAUCUCAAGGUAACUUAGAGCAGUUAAGAGAGGAUCAUAUCUCUUCAAUACAUUAUGAGAUGGAACUCAGAAUUAAAGCGAUGGAAUCUGAAAUGUCCAAAAUGAAAACUCAAGAAGAAUUUAAUAAAGCUGAACUGGAACAAUAUAAGCAACUCUAUCAAAAAGAAUUAAAAGAUAAACAAUCCUUGUCAGAUAAACUAAACAAAAGUCAUGAGAAGCUAGCAGAGGUCAGGUCUGAACUGCUUGUGGAGCAAGAGAAGAACAGAUCUUUACGCCACAGCCACGCUCUUACUUCGAGGCCAGUCCUAGAGUCACCUAGUUUUGGAAGUCUUAACGAUACUUCAGUUCUCAACAGAACAUUUACUCCAAGGGAAAACUUGGUGAUCGCCACCUCUAGCCCACGGACUUCACGUAACAGCCUGCAGAACUACUUUACCAUGAUGCAGCUGGAGUUUGAAAAAAAUAUAACUAGAGAACUAGAGGAAGGUAUGUUGCCAAAAUUUAUGAAUGAAAUUCAGAUUAAUUAA